AUGCCCGUUCAGAUCCUCAGAGACGCCGGUGCCAACUUGGCCGCGUGCUCCAGAAGAGUGCGAACGUACUGUCAUCGACUGUACCUUCGCAUCCUUGGACGAGACGGUGCUCCUCGGCAGGGUGAGGAUGUUCAGCAGAGGGGUCGCGUCGCCAACCCUCUCGUCAUCCUUGUCAUAGAAAUUUUCACAACUGACUUCUCCGUGUCUCGAGCAAUGGUUGCUCAACUCGGCUUCGGGUUCGUGUACGGUGUUGCAGUCAGCGCUCUUCAUCUGCCGCUAGGACCCCGAACUCGCUUGAGAACGGUUCUCGCUUUGGCGGGUGUCAUGCCCGCGGCCGUAUACCUCUUCCCUGGCGGCCCGACGCUUCAUGUCCUACCCAUGAUCAUCAUCUCCGCUGCGGCAGGGACUGAGAUCCAGCACAAUCUCCUUGUCCGGAGUCGCACUUGGACAGCCGACUCGGUCCUGCGACCCCAGAGCUCGGUGGAGUGCCUCUUGGUGGCUUGGCUGAUUGCCGUUGGAGGCAACGUCAAAGAAGCCAGCCACUUUAUUCAAGCUGGCGCGGUGCUUUGCUUGGAUGUCCUCUCUUCAUCGGUCGCAACCAGGUCUUUGACGAGGUUCUUCCUCCGAGUGGUCUUGGUGACGCUGGGGUUGGCGUGUUUGGUUCAGCAAUUCCUGCCUUCUUCGACACCCAAGAAUUUGGACCGCCGAGGCUGGCCCAGGCCUGAAGUCCUGAUGGUGAUCGGCUUUUUCGUGACACCCGGCAUGGCUGUUUUGUACAAGGACGUCAGAGAGGUAUUCAUCCCUAGAGUGUACAACUGGGUAUUUCGUAGACAGAAGGUACAGGAGGACGAGGAGAAUCCCGCGGCAAAUGGCGUUCUUCCUGUUCAAGACAACCAGCUCCCAGCGUGGGGUGAUAUCGAAGAAGAGCUUCGAGCCGGGAUUGAGCAGUGGAUGGACUGA